UCUGCUGUCUAAGACGCGGACCGGAGCGUGACACGAAGACCAGAUUCGUGCGUAAAAAUGAUCGUACCCACCAUUCAGUUAUUAUAGUUGUUGCGCAUUACGCGCGAACUGUCGGGACAACCCUCUCCAUCCUCCGUCAGCGCGCCUGUGGGGGCACAGUGUCUGUCUGUCUGUCUGUCCGCUAAUGUGUCCAACCCACUGAUCUUUUGCAGACUGUAAUCUUAUCAGUGUCAAACCGGAGCUGCCCUUUCCUCUCGGGCAGUUUCUGCCUGUCCUCGGGUGGCGUUUGCGCCAAAAUCUGGCUGGAAAAAACGAUUUUUAUCAGUAAAAACUUUAACCAGCAAAGGGGAUAUUUACAUUUACAACUACAGGCGCGUUUGUAUGUGUGAUAAAAUGCACAUCUGACCGUUUUAAACUUUCGAGCAGAAGAAGACAUGGAAUCUACAUGUAAAGAAAGGAGUCUUUUAUACUUACUUUUCUUUGCAAUAUGCACAGCCAGCGUUUGCCUUUGUGCAAGAAGAUCAAAUGCUCGGAGAUCUGAUCGUCUGAGUCCUCCAUUAGACAUCCAGCUGGAGACCAUCAACUGCACCGCCUUUAGCGUACGGUGGAAGAUGCCCCGGCGACAUGUUAGCACCAUCACUGGAUACAAGGUCUUCUACACAGAGGUGAGGAAUGGUCGUACAAUGGGUACAGCGUCUUUGAUGGAAGUGCCUCUCAGCCUCGACAUGCUGACCACUGGGCAAUUUGAUGGACAAGCAAGCUUUGAAGUGGACAUUGGUAACCUUAAGAUGAACACGAAUUACAGAGUCACUGUUGGAGCGUAUGGUUGGGCAGGGGAGGGUAGACCCAGCAUGCCCCGAGACAUCAGCACAGCUCCACAUGACAUGUGCAUGCCCCCAUCGCCCCCCACUCAGCCUGUUGUCAUGGCUGUAUCUGACACAGAGCUGGCGUUGUCAUGGCAGCAAGGAGAGAGUGAGGGAAGCGCACCUGUCCUUCACUUCCUGGUGGCUUACAUCAGGCCAGAAAUGGACACGGAGUGGACAUAUAUCCGUGAGCCCAUUGAGACGAACUCCAUGGUUUUGAAGGGGUUAUUACCAGAAACAGAGUACCAGUUCGUUGUCAGGGCGGCGAACGUGCACGGAGUUAGCCCACCCAGCCACAUCAACAACCCUGUGCGCACUCUGGGUCCAUCAGAAGUUGGCAGUGGUGAUUACGGGCGUUACUUCACAGACUCAAAGUUCAAAGACGAAGAUGGCUUCGACAUUGAUGACUCCGAUUACGAUAUCUUUAUUGAGGAGUUGAAGCCAUUCCCAGGUAUCAACCAGGACAACAGGAAGUCCCAGCUCCGUUCACGCCCUGAUCCGCCAUCUGGUCGGAAUGUCGUUUAUCGUAUGAACACCUUCGCUCCUCCUAACGUUACCGCCCCUCCAGCUUCCUCCACCACUUCAUCCAUCUUCCCAGAUUUCUCAGAUCUGGUUUUCCCAACCACUUCAGAGCCCAGUACUACGACUGAUGCCACGACUACUGCCCCACUGACCACUACCAGCAUCACUUUGCCCACCACCACUACUACUCCAACCAUGUCGCCCUGGAAAGGUGAGGUACCUCGCGUGUAUGACCUGACAUGCGAUGACACUGUGUGCCCCCCGGACAGCUUCUGUCUCAGUGAUUAUGAAGGUGGAGGCUCACGCUGCCACUGUAACCUCGGACGAAGAGGGGACACGUGCUCUGAGGUGGUAUCAGUGAACUUUCCCAGGUUCUUUGGUUACUCUCACAUGACCUUUGAACCCUUGAAGAACUCUUAUCAGACCUUUCAGAUCACUUUGGAGUUCAAGGCAGACUCUGAGGAUGGCUUGUUGUUAUACUGUGGAGAAAAUGAACACGGCCGUGGAGACUUUACCUCUUUGGCUCUGGUGCGAGGCAAGCUGCACUACAGGUUUAACUGCGGUACAGGAGCAGCUCAAAUAGUCAGUGACAGUCGUAUUGUGGUCGGUCAGUGGCACACGGUCACUGUCUUUAGAGACGGCAUGAGCGGCUGGCUGCGUAUGGACAAUGACACCCCCAUAUCUGGACGCUCACAGGGCCAGUACACUAAGAUAACUUUCCGCUCCCCACUGUAUGUGGGUGGAUCCCCGAGUACUUACUGGCUGGUUAGGGCGACAGGAACAAAUCGUGGCUUUGUUGGCUGCAUUCAGAGUCUGAACAUCAACAACAAGGCAACAGACAUCAGACCCUGGCCUCUGGGCAAAGCUCUGAGUGGAGCUGAUAUAGGUGAAUGCAGCGACAGCGUGUGUGACCUGGUCAGCUGUGCCAAUGGUGGAGUCUGCUUUGCGAACCGUGCUGAUGGCUACAUCUGCCUGUGCCCGCUGGGCUUCAGGGGAGCACUUUGUGAAGAGACUUUCUCACUGUCCUCACCUCUCUUUAAUGAGACAGUGUUUUCAUAUGCUGUCAUCCCAUGGCCUCAGUCCUCUCAGAGUUAUCUGUCCUUCAUGGAGUUUGAGCUGACGUUUCGGCCGUCAAUGCCCGACGGGACGCUGCUGUACAGUGAUGACGCAGGCAGCGGAGACUUCCUGGCUAUCAACCUGGUGGAUGGUUAUGUAGAGUUCAGAUUUGAUUGCGGCUCUGGAGGAGCCAUAAUAAGGAGUGAGGAGCAGAUCAGUAUGGACACAUGGCAUGAGCUGAGGAUGUCUCGCACAGCAAAGAGUGGUAUCCUUCAGGUGGACAGCCAGAGGCCAAUGGAAGGAAUCGCUGAGGGAGCUUUCACUCAAAUCAACUGCAGUUCACCUCUUUAUAUUGGCGGAGUACCAGAAUACGAUAAAACCAAGAGGACAGCAGGUGUAAAAAAGCCCUUCACUGGAAUCAUUCAGAAGCUAAUACUCAAUGACCGCACCAUACCGAUAACAACUGGCUCCGCUGGUGGAGUUAAUGUAGCAAAUUCAGCGCACCCAUGUGUGGAAAGUCCCUGUGCCAAUGGAGGGACCUGCAGGCCAAAGUGGGACAGUUACGAAUGUGACUGCCCUCUAGGGUACGACGGGAGGCACUGCCAGAAAGAGUGUGGGAAUUACUGUUUGAACACUGUGACUGAAGCCAUUGAGAUCCCACAGUUCAUUGGCCGAAGUUACCUGACGUAUGACAACAGGGAUAUCUUGAAAAGGGUUUCUGGGUCCAGGACAAACCUUUUCAUGCGUUUUAAGAGCACAGCCAAGGAUGGCCUGUUGUUGUGGCGGGGAGACAGUCCAAUGAGACCCAACAGUGACUUCCUGUCUAUGGGGCUUCAGGAUGGUGUGCUAAUCUUCAGUUAUAACCUAGGCAGUGGUGCAGCUAGCAUUGCCGUCAAUGGGACCUUUACUGACGGAAAGUGGCACAGAGUCAAAGCUGUGAGGGAUGGCCAGUCAGGGAAGCUGACAGUUGAUGACUAUGGAGCAAAAACAGGCAGGUCACCUGGAAAGAUGAGACAACUCAACAUCAACGGACCCUUAUAUGUUGGUGGCAUGAAAGAGAUAGCUCUUCACACAAACAGACAGUACGUUGGAGGCUUGGUGGGCUGCGUGUCCCACUUCACACUCUCUACUGAUUAUCACCUAGCACUGGUGGAGGAUGCUGCUGACGGCAAGAACAUCAACACCUGCUCUAACUAGAAGACAGCCUCAGUGUGUGAAAGUCCGGAGCGAACACCUCGACCAGUCGAUUUGUCAUCUUGAAACUGACUAAAACAAUCAAAUUUUGGUCUAUCAAGUCAGAGCUGAAAUGUUAUGAACUCAAAGUGGGAAAGACUAACACCUAUGUUUCUCUGAGUCACAAGAGGAUUAAAGUGGCUCCUCUGUGCAAAGUUUAAAACGAACUUUAACCUGUCAGGAUGUACAUUUUAUUUUAAUGUUAACAACUUGAUGAAUUGUUCUGAAAAACGGUUUCAACACAUGGCAACAGAAAAAACACCCAGAGGAUAUAACAAAGCACAAGUACUCUUUGAGAGGAGAGAAAAAGCUUAGUGUUAUGGGUAAUGAGGGUCUUUGAAGGACUUUUUUUUUUUCAUGGGAUGAUUCCAAUCAUAUCUUUAUUUUUUUUUCUACUGUAAAUCCUUAUUUGAUUGCUGGAAGAACCAAGUGAUCCAAGGGAUCAAGAGUCAUCAUGUUUUUCAUGAACCUGACCUAGAGCAGCUAGCAGAGAUAAACUUCUUUGUAGAGGAUUUUGGUUUUGGCCCUAGAGGAUUUCUGUUGUUUUUGUGGUUGUGGCAUUCUUGUUCGUGACGUAUUAUCAGUCUGUAGACUACUUUUUUUUUUUAAAGUCUGGUUGAUGUCAGUUUUUUAAGGGUUGUUAGGGCUGAGGGGUGAAUACGUCAUCUGCACACACUGAGUAUGUCUUUAUACACUCUUCUUUUAGUUUACAGGCUCCUUUAUUUGUACUCUCAGAUACUAGUCACAUGAAAGUCUGAUGCUGACACGGUGAAGCAGCCAAAAAACAGGAGAAUCUGUGUGACACAGCCCUGGGAACGUCAGCCUUCAAGGGGAUUUUUUUUUCCACACCAAAAUAGAUCACCUCUGUUAUUUAAGCAUUUGCAGUGCAAUGUCAAUUAAGCCUGUCAAUUAAUUAUUCCCAUGCCUAAGCUUUACUUCUUUAAAGGGACAUUCUGCGAAUGUUCCAUCUAUUGUGAAUUAUUCUUGCUUGAAGGGUAAGUUUGGUAUUUUUAAACCUGGAUCUUAUUUUGCCAUGUUUUUGUGUCUAAGUGAUAAAAGGGAAUAACAAUAUUUUUUUUAUUUUAAUUGGUCCAGUAUUGAGCGAGAGCAGCCACAAAACAGCCUGCAAUGCACACACUACGGCCACAUUCACACCUUCAGUGUACGUCCACUAAAGUAGCUUGUUUUUGCCACUGACAGGUUCAGGUUCAAGGCAGCUUUUGUGAGUUUUAUUUUGUUUAUCUCGACUUUGAAUGAUGAUAAAAAUGACUGUUUAAAUGGUGUCUAGUGGAUUUAGCAAUGGUGAUUUCGAGGCUGUUUGUGGUUAAACAAAAAUGAUCUUACUUUUCAAACAAAAAGGUCCUCUCUAUGAUGCUGUCAGACACUUAGAAUAACAAGCUGAGUUUGUAAGUGGCAAAAACAAGCACUUUAGUGGACUAAUUUGACAGUGCAUAAUUGCCCUGAAUUGAUCUCAUUAGUCACAAAAACAUGGGAAAUGAGUCUCUGGGUUAAAAAACACCAAACUUACUAUUAAACUUAAUUGUUGUUACCACCCCCAAAAGUGACACCAGUGUUUGAAUAAGAUGGUUUGGUCAUGAGAGCUUCACCCUGUUUUUAAAGUUUGAGCUCAGAACAAAUAAUAAAUUGUCAAUUCUUACGUGAGUUUAUAUUUUGAAUUUACUUUGAGGAGAGUGAAAGAAAGGCAGUGGUCGUCAUGGUAUUGUCACCAAGUGUGUCAAGUCUGAAUGAGGUGCAGCCAAUUAAAGACACCAUGUGACUGUGUAGUGCGAGUGACAUGAGUGACUGUCCACCGUACAAAAUGUAGAACACACUGACUAUUGAAACGUGUUAGGUAAAUAGCUGUUAUGCAUAAACUGUAGGAAAAUGUUGGUGUAGCGUCUGUGAUGUCAACAUGAGUGUCUGAAGGUUUCUGCCAAUUUUGUCAGCUGGUGAAGUCAGAGAAUCCAAAUUUCUGCAAAGGACCUGAGUGAAGCUGAGACGGGACGAGCGAGCAGGGACCACCACGGCUGAGUGUGCUCAUCCCAUACUACUCAAGCCUUAAUAUCCCCCAUAAUAAUCCCCUGAAGAUCAAAAUGAGUAAUUUACAGUCCCAACAAAGAUUUGUUAUUUGUUAAUAUGAUAAAAAGCUGAUUGUCAGCGAGUUUGAAAGUAUACCUUUUCAUUCUAUUCUUGCAAUCACGAUGAAACAGUACUGCAUUAAGAAAGUUAAACAGCAUUAGAUUUGAUUUGCAAACUCUGCCAACAUUUUAUUUUUAAUUUUUAUGAACAAGAAAUAUAAAAUGUAUUUGUAAUUGAUACACUGUGACAGCUGCCUGUCAGAAACUAGACUC